AUGACCGGCGGGGCGGCGGCCGGCGGGGCGGCCCGGCUGCCCCCCCCGGGGGGCUCGUCACUCAGCCCGGAAGAGCAACACCGAGGCAGUGCGGAGUACAUCCGGAUCCUACAACCGACGGACAGACUUGUGCUGUUCCGUGGAGAGUUCGAGAGGGCAAGGCCUGUCGUGUUGAUCUACGAGGCUGGCUUGCGGGAUGGCGAUCACUUCGAAUCCUCGGCGGAAUGCAGUUUUGGCCAUGUCAUGGUGUACGUGAACAACAUCGUCGUAAGAGAAGAGAUGCUCGAUGUUGGAGUGUCUGUGAACAUGUUUGCUCUUCGCUUGCAGAUGGUCAGGAGCCCUUGGGGAGCGGUGGAAGGGAAGGAGCUGCGACAGCAACCAUGGGUGCUCCUCUUUCCCCUCCUGCCUGAAGGACUAGAUGUAACGGUGCCCAACUUCACUGGGAUUGAGAUUGUUGCGUCGCUGCUGGUCAAUGAUACCGAGAAGUUUCUCAGCUCGUCUCUAUGUGGUUCCCACCAACCCCCCGGGUCCCCAGCAGAGAACGCGCUUUUGUGGAACGUGGCCAAGUUUGUGAACCUCUCGGUGGACCGACCGGGAUUGCAAACCCUUCGCUUCACUGUGAAGGAGGGGGAGGGCGCAGCGAGCCAUCUGUUGAAGAGCAGAGUUGCUCCCUUGGACGCGGACGUGUUUGUCUUCGAAGACGACCAAGAUCCUCAUCUGAUUUGUCUCCCUGCCUCUCAGUCGCCUCCGAGGGUCAUCUCCAUGGCCAAGACCAGCCUGCAGGAGAGGAUCGCUUCCAUCGCUGCUCGGCAGGAUUCGAUGCAGCUGAUCGAAGUUUGGACAAACGUGCGCCAUGGUAGACGCACGUGCUGGUACUCACAUGUCAUGGGGCAGAAAUUGAGGCAAUCGGACGAGGAGAAUUCAGUCAGUCGCUCCAGCGGAAAUGGAGAGGAUGAUGCGGGUGUAGAAGGCAGGUCGGAGGUGAAUGAAGAUGGUGGUGGUGGGAGUGCAGAUGUUGCUGUAUGUGUUUCUGGUGCGAUGAGAGGAUCAGAAGCAAAGUUGAUAAAGGACAAUCUGCUCUCGAAGCUUCCAAAGUUUGAUCUGUUUGCGUACAUAUUGAGUGAUGGGACAGCCCCGAGUGAAACAAGAUUGAUUUCACUCUUCCCCCAAAACUUCAAGAUAGCUUCUGAUCUUCCGCUGCAAACAGAUCUGAUUGAUGGACAUCGGUUCAUCUAUUAUCGUCCGGACAAACCUGAGCCCCUUAAAAGAUUGGUCCACCUUUGGCAUGAUGUGGACGAGUGCUACCGCCUUGUCCAGGAGCUUUACCGCUCAAGGCGAUACACCCACAUCAUCCGAGCUCGACCGGACGUCGUUAUCCCUGGAUUCUCAUGGAAAGAUGUUGAGGAAGAUCCCAGAAUUUCUGUUCCAGCUACUGACCAGGUCGCGCGCUGGGCUCACAUCACCGACUUCUUUGCCAUCGGUUCACGUCGAGACAUGUCGAUUUACAUGACCAUCUUCCGUAACUGCCUCUAUGCCAUCAAAGCACCCUUCUACCCGACCAUGCCCAGGUGGAUCAGCGAAGUCAAACUAGAAGCUUGUCUCUUCGCUGCUGGCGUUCCAUGGCGACACGUUGGUCACUGGCGCUACAUGAUUCUGCGUGGAAGGAGCUCUUGCGGGAGCACACGGUGUUGGCAAGAAGCUGAGACGUCCAUCUCCUCCUCCAGUGGGGAUGGAGCUUUCCGAUACUUCCACAACGGGACAAGAGCAUUCUAG